UAGUGGCUGUCUUUCCCAGUUUGUGAUAAGUCGCUCUCCACUCCACAGGGUCCCUUCACCCUCUUUUGUUCAAUGCAAAGAACCUCUACAGUUCUACUCUUCGAUGUGCUAAUCCUUCAUCUUUUUCUCAUACCCAAAAAGCGGAAGAGAACAUCUUCUUCUUCUUCUUCUUCCUUCCAACCCCAUUUUCAUUUCCCUUAGGAAGCUUAUUACUUCUCUUUUUUUGCUUAUUUGUCGUGAUCCAUUUCUGGGUUCUCACUUUUAGAACAAGUGAAACUGAAAAAAGAAGAAAAAGGUGUAGAUACAGGUGCAUCAGGUGAUUUCUUAACUUGGGUAGGUUCAUUAUUGUGGAGAACUGAAGCUGGUUGGUGGUCUUCUUGUUAAUCGGUACACCAAAAUGAAUUGUGGAGCAAUGAACGUUGCACCGACAACUUCGUAUGCUUCUCGGAGUCCAUUUGUUUCUCGUUCUGCUGCAUCUCGCAAUUCGAAGUUCCCACUGUUGUUGCCGCAGGCAAUUUGUACCCCUCAGAGGAUCUGCUGUUUCACUAAUCUCUCGAAGUAUAAUUCUUCUUUGGGAUCGUCUAAGCAACAGCUGAAUAAGUGGAUGCUGCCUUUGGGAUCAGUGGUGACUUCCAAAUCUCAAAAUAUCUCCACUGCACCUCUCACUGGUGAUGAGAGGAUAGGAGUUUUAUUGCUCAAUCUUGGAGGUCCGGAGACUCUUGAAGAUGUGCAGCCUUUCCUCUUUAAUCUUUUUGCUGACCCGGACAUCAUUCGCCUGCCAAGAUUGUUUCGUUUUCUUCAAAAGCCCUUGGCACAAUUCAUAUCUGUUGUAAGGGCACCCAAGAGCAAAGAAGGCUAUGCUUCAAUUGGUGGUGGUUCACCUCUACGGCAGAUAACUGAUGCACAGGCUGAGGAAUUGAAGAAGUCUCUUUGGGAAAAGCAAGUGCCAGCAAAGGUAUAUGUUGGUAUGCGAUAUUGGCACCCAUUCACUGAAGAAGCCAUUGAACAGAUAAAAAGAGAUGGGAUCACAAAGCUUGUUGUGCUUCCACUUUAUCCACAGUUCUCAAUAUCAACUAGUGGUUCAAGCCUUCGUCUCUUAGAGAGUAUAUUCCGAGAAGAUGAAUAUCUUGUCAACAUGCAACACACAGUGAUACCUUCUUGGUACCAGCGUGAAGGGUACAUAAAAGCCAUGACAAAUUUAAUUGAAAAGGAAUUAAACACAUUUGACUGUCCUGAGAAGGUUGUGAUAUUUUUCAGUGCUCAUGGGGUGCCACUUGCAUACGUGGAAGAGGCUGGUGAUCCAUACAAAGCAGAGAUGGAGGAAUGUGUGGAUUUGAUAAUGGAAGAGCUAGAAAAGAGAAAAAUCACUAACUCAUACACUCUUGCAUAUCAGAGUAGAGUUGGACCCGUGGAAUGGUUAAAGCCCUAUACUGAUGAGACAAUCAUGGAACUUGGAAGAAAAGGGGUGAAGAAUCUUCUUGCUGUUCCUAUUAGCUUUGUUAGUGAGCAUAUUGAAACCCUUGAAGAAAUUGAUGUCGAGUAUAAAGAGUUGGCUCUUAAGUCUGGCAUUGAAAAGUGGGGACGUGUACCAGCAUUAGGAUGUGAACCAACCUUCAUUUCAGAUUUGGCAGAUGCUGUAAUUGAAUCUCUUCCAUAUGUUGGAGCUAUGGCAGUCUCAAAUCUUGAAGCUCGACAGUCUUUAGUUCCACUGGGGAGCGUGGAGGAGCUGCUGGCGACAUAUGAUUCAAAGAGGAGGGAGUUACCACCGCCUGUGACAGUGUGGGAGUGGGGUUGGACAAGAAGUGCAGAAACUUGGAAUGGAAGAGCGGCUAUGUUGGCUGUUCUUGUUCUACUGGUACUUGAAGUCACCACCGGGGAGGGCUUCCUUCGCCAGUGGGGUAUAUUGCCCUUGUUUCAUUGACUCACUGAUUGUACAUAGAUUACACACCCUUAUAAAUUUUGUUCAUUUACACAUUAUCCAUACAUACAUAAAUAAAAGGGAUAUAUACAUGCAUGUAUAAUGGAACCUUCCUAACAGAUUGCAUUUGCAGUUGCAGAUGAAUAAUGCAUCUGUGGGGAAGGGACUGUAUAAGGGGUGUUUGUCUUAGAUCUGCUUAUAAGUUUUAAAAAAAAGUUGAUUUGUUUAUAA